UAAGGUGCUUUAUAUAGCAGACAAAGAAACAAGGGAGAUCAGAAUUCUUGUGAAGCUCUUCCUCGACAAUAAGUCACGCGGUUGCUGUUUCCAAAUCUCAAAAGAGCCACCGUACUCCACCACCAUCACCACCUCUCUGUCUUCUACAAUUCUCCUCGUCAACCACAAUUUAAAAAAAAAAAAAAAAAUUCAUUCACCGGAUACUCACCUAUGACUGGACAGAGUAACCAACGGAAUCUGUUUCCUCACUUCCGUUCAACCAUGUAAUCAAUCUCCCUCUGGAUCAACUUCAACACCACCAGGCACUACUUAGUAUUUAAUCACUUGCCGGUGUGAAAUAGAUAGAGCAGAAAAGCCAUCAUUUGGUGAAAUGGCUUGUCAUAUUCCGCUGAUCCUCGCGAUCAUGAUCACGAACGUAGGAGACGCCACAGCUAGGGAACUACGACCGUCCUACCACGGGCUGGACUAUCAGAACACGCCUCCUGCGGGGAAGAAUCUGCCACCGUCAGCGAAGGAAUUUUUUGGAGCUUCGUCGUCGCCGCCGCCGCCAACUUCGACAUCAUCCAACGUUGCAUUGCCGAAAGCAAUGAAUUCUAACGACACGACGUGGUGGAGAAGUGUCAACGGUGGAAAAGGAGGUGGUCAAGGAGGAGAUCGGUUGAGGCACGUGCUUUUGGUGGCGAGCCUAGCGUGUGGGGUCACGGGAGUGGCGCUGCUAGUGGUUUCUGGUUUCAUAUAUUAUGUCAAGCAUAAAAAACAAACGACGUCGUGCUUAGAUAGUGGUAAAUCUAUCACUGCAUUCACCGACAAGUGAAGCGAAAGCUUAAAGUAGCUGAAACUGUGCUUCUUCAAUCUUUGCUUUAUAUACAUAUAUAUAUAAAAGCACAACUAUUUUCGAUUAAAUCCUAUUUGCACCUAUAUAUUAUUAUUAUUUUUUU